UGGCGGCGAUCACGAUGGAGCCACGUGCGAUGAUGAUGUCGAACCUGUCGUGCGACGGCUGCGCGGACAGCGACCGGGACUCGGACAGUAGCAGCAUGAUCGUCGACCCGGUGAGUCUCGACAAGAAUGACCUGUCGCCGCCGUCGCAGACGUCGUCGAGCCCGGUGAUACCGAGCUGCUCGCCGGUACCAACGCCGACGUCAAUGCCGCCGGCCGGCAGGAGUCGAAGCGGCAGUGGAGGCGGUGGCGGUGGUGGCGGGGCGGCGGCGGCGGUGGUAGCGGACUCUAAGAAAACAUACUCGAUGAUGUCGGCUACGGGUCAAUCGGGAAAAUCCAGCGGUUCCGCUCAACCGCCACCCACUUACGGUUCCGACAAGAUGUCGUCGUCCCUGAUAAAACCGCCGUACUCGUACAUCGCGCUGAUCACAAUGGCGAUCCUGCAGUCGCCGCAGAAGAAGCUAACAUUGAGCGGCAUCUGCGAGUUUAUCAUGUCCCGCUUUCCCUAUUACCACGAUAAGUUUCCCGCCUGGCAGAACUCCAUUAGGCAUAAUCUCUCGCUCAACGAUUGCUUCAUCAAGAUCCCACGCGAGCCCGGAAAUCCGGGAAAGGGCAACUACUGGACGCUGGACCCAUUGGCGGAGGACAUGUUCGACAACGGUAGCUUUCUGAGACGCAGGAAGCGAUACAAGAGGCCGCCGCCGCACUAUGUGCUGCGGGACCGAGCGAUCAUGGCCACCUUCGCAAUCUGUGGGGAUCGGGGACCUUGUCCUGGUGGCGGUGGCGGUCACCCGGGUGCCCUGGCCUAUCCUGGAGCCGCUUAUCUAUCACCACCACCAGGUCUGCCGUUGCUGGACUUCUCCCCAUCGACCCUGGAGGCGCUGAAGCUCGGCGGUUUUCUGGAACCGCCGCCGCCACUCUACAAACCAGUGCCCAUCACGGCGCCGCCGAUCAGGCAGAUCGACCCGACCUCCACCAGGAUCACGACGCUGCCGACCAGCCACACGACGAGUGUCGACAAGAAGCGCAACUUCAGCAUCGACGCGCUCAUCGGCAAGCAAGCGGCCAGCGAUCAGAACUGCGGGGCGUUGUUGGAUCUCAGCCCGUCGGAACAUAGAGAAAUCAGGAGCCAGGCGUCCGCCUUCUCGCCGCUUGUCUAGAAGCCCGGCGACCUUCUUUUUUAAUCACCAAAGACAGACGGUGACUUUCCGAAAGUAUUAAUCACUUUAUAGCAACCCCGUCGCGAGGCUGCUAAUUAUUUUGGGUGAGCCAGAAGUGGCAUAACUCAGCGUCAAACGCGUGUUCCCAUGAGAAGAAUUCACAAUUAUUGUUAAGCACAAGACAGUUUCGCCAUUAUCAACAGAUGAAGCUUUCUGAGCCCAGAGGCUUCAGUUUCUGUCCCACGAAAUAAAACAAAUGUAAGAGAAAUCGUAGUUUCUCUUAUUUUUGGAAAGAAGAGUGGUACAAUCGUAAAGUGAACACUAAACUCGAUCGAAUGGUGCCCAAUAACGAGAUCGCGUUGGUGUAGCGUGCUCAUCAAAGACUGAUCAGAGACUUAUACUGGGACUUAGACUGGACUGGUCAAGAAUGAUUCGAGAAAGUUUGAAACAAUCGCAUCCCAAAGGACUACUUCCAGAGGCGAUGGUAAUUGAUGUAGUUUAGCAGAUAUUUUUGACCAAUGCUGUCCAAAUGAAAUGAAUAAUUUGGAAAAUAAAUAGAACAAGAUAUCGUUUCGCAGUUCAAAAAUCGUUUCCUCACAGAAUCACAAUUUAUAUCAAAAAAGGAAAUGUGUAAAAGAAAAGUUUUUUAGUACUCUCUUUCGGUUUUUUCUAAAAGCAUUGAUUUUCUCGUUCAUUAUAUCGUAAAUGAUAGUUUCUACAUAUAUCAUUUGGGCAGAAUUUAUCUGAAACACUGUUACAUGCGUUUUGUAAAGCUUCGACACAGAUCUCUGAAAAUUAUUAAGCUGCUCCUCUGCACGUAACAGCCGUACAUUUUCGAGGAAAAAUAUUCAGCAGGUUGGGCGACAGGAAGGGCGCACAAUCGAGAUCGAAAUUCAGGCGUUAUCUGUGUUACCUACAAUCCUAGUUUUUAUUCGGUAAGGCGAGACGAUCGUCAUGCUUCGUGUAAUCGAACCAAACCUGGCGCAUGGAAUUUCCGAUGGUCGUUUCUUACCGAGUAGGAAAUCAAGAUGCGUCGCAGAAACUAGAGAGAGAGAGAGAGAGAGAGAGAGAGAGAGACGUGUGAAUCGAUUUAACGAGAAUGUAUAUCGGGGAUAAUAACGUAUCUCGCACAUAUCGGCGCAUCUUUGUAAAAAGGCGUAGUGCAAUAGAGCGUAACGUUUUUAUUUAACAUUCGUGCUGCAUCUUGAAACGACUAGUGGAAGCAGAUGCAUUAAUAAUCACGUUAAUUCACCGCGAUAUAAAAUUAUAAAUUGCUGUAUUAUAAAUUAUUAAAUACUUUUUCACUUUUUCAAUUUUUGCGAGCUGUUCCCCGUAAAAAAAAAUUUGUCUUUCAAGAGACUGGAAUUUUAUUAUUUAUCACCGUCACAUCGCUUGAUUAUAAUUGGAUGAUAAUAAUUGUCGAAAAGAUGCACUGUUAAUUUUUUUUUUUUUUUCUUUGAACGUGACGUUUUUCUUUGAUUAAUUAUUCCGACUAUAACUUUAAUCAUUAUGAAUCUCGGGAAGGCGCACAACGACCGGAGAAGUGGAACAACAAUGUACUUCCACUCGUCGAACGAGCUUUUGCGAACAAAGUUCGUUGCGCGGAUAAGUUGCCCCGACGUUCCCCCUGAUUUCACUUUCGUUGCCCGGAUCUCUGUCAGUUAGGCGAACUUAGGCCGCUUCCGUAUGGCCGAUUAAUAUCGGCAUUGUAAAUACCGAGUCCCGGACAAAUAUAUGCGCAGCACUCUGUUAUAGCGCGGGGAGAAUCUUUCUUCGUGGUGGAUGUAAUGUAAAGCCACUCCCCCCAUCCCCUCCCAUUUAGCCGUAAGCGGUCAAGUAGACGUUUGGUGUACAUACAGCGAAUCCGUAGCGCGAUCCGUACGUAAUUGUGAAUACCUGUAUGGCAUUUUAUGACUAAGAUACGUUUUCCGUUCCGCCCGACGAAGUGGCCGCAGCUUUGAAGACAAUGACGAUCCCUAAUGACGCUUCAACUCGUUACGUUUCGCAUUGCAUCUGACGAAGGAGCAAUCUCUGUGUGCAAUCUUUAACAUAAGUUUCUACCGAAAGCUUGAAACGAACCAGUGAUUUUAAUGUUAUUACUGUGAUUUGAAUAUUUUAAAAAACGGCGAAAGAAUUUAAUGUGUCAAAUUAAUUAAUUGAAGUGCGCGUUCUAGAACCUCGGAAAGUCAAACAAUUGUUGGACACGGUUAAAUUUUACGGCAAAUUGUAAUAGAAAUUAUGGAAAAAAAUCUUGCUGAUAAAAUCUAAAUUCGUUGAAGCCGAACACUGUCGAAAUAUGCAUCGAUCGAUUUGUACAUCGAUUCGAUGCCUGCACACGAGAAAUGGUUUUAUGUGACAUUUAAUUGAAAACCCAUUACGCGCUUAAACAAUGCUUUCAAAAAAAUUCGAACCAAUGUACGUAAUUUACGUUCAACAACAAAAUUCAAGUCAAUCCAAAUUAUUUUAAUAACAAAAAUAAACAAGCCUUCUAUUCUUACAUCGCGACGGCCAGUGUACUGAAAAGCGAGUGUUUAGCAAAUUGCACCGGUGAUAUAUAUUUUAUUAAUUCCACAUAGCUUUCAACCGUUACGAGACGCACGCCGCGAUACUUUGUUCCUCCGCUAAGAGUAAAAGACAGCGAAGUCGAGAUAUUAUAUGUUUAGUUAUAGGCUACACACGCAUCCUAUCGUUAAAAAGAAUCGUCAGUAGAUCUUAGUGAGUAUUGUAUGUGUCAAAAUGAUAGAUUUAUAACAAUAUGUAAUGAUAAAAACAAUAAAGUAUCGUUAAGUACAAA